CAAUUCAUUCGGCAUCAACUCGGGACCUCUGAAGAACAAACAUUGGAAUAUUUUCUGCAACGAACUAAAGAGUACAUUAUUAAACGCGAGGAGGAGCUUGAACAACUAAGAUUGGAACUAAACGAUACGAAACCCAAGGCACAGGAAUACCUUAGGAAGGAUGCCCUAUUGGCAGUAGUUGGGAAUGAAAAGAAGAACCUUCAAGGCGAAAUCUCGAAACUAGAGUUGAAUAAUCGAAAACAACUAAAUGAAAUAAAUGCCUAUCGUGGUUGGAUGUCAUCUUUGGUUGAUCUACUGAAACUUGAAGACGUUGAGAACGAUAAAGAGUACCCUAUUCUCAUGGAUGUCAUAUCAGCACAAAUUAAAAGGAUAAUUUCAAACGAGCAUGAAAAAACGGCCGGUCAACGAUCACGCCUCUCCCAAUUCCAACAGAAGAACAAAGAACUUCGUGAGCGUAAUGACGCUCUAGAAACUCAGCUAGCAGUUCUUCGUCGACGACUUGCCACAUUAGAAGACGAGGAAGUUCGAAGGAAUUUGUCGUCUGCCGCAUCUCUCGAUAGAGAUCGACGAAAACUCACGAAGCAGCUAGAACAGUCUAGAGCUGAAAUUAGCACUUUGCAAUCGGAAAAUAGUCGGCUUAAAAGUGAAAUGAAGAGCACAAGUCAAAAUUCGUUGGCUGCGGUUGGAACCAACGCAUUGCUCCAUGCUGCAGAGACUCAGGCCAAGGAGCUUCAGGGAAAAUGCGAUUUAUUAGAAAAGGAACUUCGUGAUAUUCGCAAUGAGAGGUCACAAAAUGAAAGUGAAACGAAGCAGAAAUUAUUGGAAUUUAGAGAAGUUGUUGCUCGUUUACUCAACCUUGAUUGCACCGAAUUAAGAGUUCCUGAUUUUGAAAUUGUCCAUCGGCUGGAGCAUAUCGUCUUGGCUCUAGAAGCUCCUGAUAUUCAAGGACUCCAUAAGGAUUCUUUGAUGAGAUCUCUUUAA